UGCUCAUGGGCGAGGCACAGGUUGUAGCUGGUCAGAAAAUGAACCAUUCAGUUCAUGAGAGACAGCUGUAAAACAAGUUAUCACAACGAAAACGAUUUACCGUACCAUGAAAUCGAAGCAACUUUUGGCAGCAGCUCUCUGUCUAGCUGCUUCCCUACUUCUGGAGACAAUGGCACAGGAAAAUGCAAUGCUGCAAAUUCCCCCUUCAUUGGUUGAGUGUUAUAAUACAUCAUACUUCAUGAAUCGGGAUAAUCGUCUACCAGCCAACAUGGACACGCUCAUUUCUCUCAUCGAAAAAGUAGAAUACAGCUACGCAGCUAGUUCAGGUGUACAAGCCGAUAUUCGAACCGUGUCGGUAGCCUUGCUGCAUCGUUUCCGUCAAGAUGGCAUUAAGAAGGCUGCUGGAAUAAAUGCAGCUGACGGGGUAAUACCGUACAGUCCAACAGGCUUUCAGUUUCCGAAGCUAAAAAUUUUGCUCUCAGGGCUUAUACCGGGAAACGCCUAUACCUUUCCCAACAGUUCAUUGACAAGAGUGGAGCGCUGCUCCCUCCAUUUUAUGCUAUCAAGCACCUUUGACACAAGAACGCGCGGCGAUGAAAACAAUGUGUGCAAUCAACUCUCUCAGUAUAGAGCCCAGCGACUGCCGAGAUCCUUAAAAAAGGAGCAUGACAAUAAUUUUAUAAGCGAUUCUGAAUGGCUGGAGGCACGCUCGAAACGAGGACGAUCAUCCGACUCAGCAUCUAAAUACGAACAAUUGGGAGAUUUAGACUACGAAUCCGACUGGGCUUAUGCAGGCCCUGAAACUAGCCAAUGCCCUGUCGAGGACGGCUUAGUACGAACACGCUGGGGAACGAUUUCUGGAGGCACUCUGAUCGCCGGUAUUGCUGCUGGUGUCCAGCAGCAGACAGUGCAACUCAAUCAGCUAUUGACCCGGGCUACCCCACUACGCGCUCGUAGUCGCAGUCAGUCCCAGACUAGCAAUACUAUUGACAACAGGUGGGCGGCAACUUUGGCCGGGGAGUUGGCGGAAGUCACGUUGGUCCAACUACCAGUGUCGAAUGGCAAUUCCGCUUCCGUUGGGGCUACCGGUGGAUGGAAUGACACAGUCCUACCCCAUUGGUACUUCUUAUCGCAGCGCAACAACCUUGAGGCUACCGAUGCCGAGAUCCGUGGUGGCCUUGAUGGUCUGAUUCUGGCUAAGAAUGUGGCCAGUUGGAGGACUCAAGCAUCAAGCCUUAAACUUUCACAAUUGCUGCGCAUGUACUACUCAACAAAUGGUGUCCUUAGUUCAGGGAUCAAUGCCUGCAGUAGGCAAAAUCAAUUCACAAAUGUGGCUCCGUCGCAGGAAAUGGAGGACCAGACAAAUGCGUUUGCCGUAGUACUGGAUCGGCAGAUGCAGCUGCGUGUCACCCUCCAGCCUUCCCUUAUUUCCCAAUUUGCUGGUAACGCUACCGCAUCUCUGGUGACGUAUGUGCCAAUUAUGGAUUACUUUCCGUCCCCGCAAUGGUCUGAAAUAUCCAAUCUAACCACAAUAAAGACUGAUCUAUAUGUGUUUGUCGACACAUACUGGCCCUUCGGCUGGGUUGUUGAUUACGUAACCUAUGUGCUGCAGGGCCUUAACAUUCAUCCAUACGCAAGUAAGGUUACCCUAUUCGCAGCUUACGAUACCACGGCCAUAGUUAAUACCACCGACUACAUAAUCAACGUCUAUGAAAAUUGGAAUUCAACUUCGCACUCUCGGCAUCCACCCGGUUUUAGUCUGCCACGUAUCCUAAACACUUUAAAUGCAAGAGUUGGGGACUUGCUAGAAACAGAUCGUGCUACCGAUAAUCUGGGAGGCCGAUCAUUAGUUGCGCUAUUAAUACCCAGUUCGCUAUCUUACGUAGAUGAGAAGGACUAUGAUUAUUGUCAGCGAUAUUUGGAAAGAAUGCGUGUGCGUUUACCCAGUUUGCACUUUAUUUACUAUGGAGGGGGAGCGUUGGUAAGGUUCCACGACUUCGUACGCGAUCCAAGUAAAGAUUUGUACCUUUUGAACACCGAAAAGCCACCCGACAGUUGCGGUGCUCCCGUUAUUACACGAAUUCGGCAAGUGCCCCGUCGAAUUUCAAAUCCACGUUGCAAUGUAAAAGGCGCUAUCAGCGAGUUUGGAACCAAUUCCCUGACACAAUUUGGGAGUUUGGGCAGUAUUAAUUUCUACAGACUGGACUCGCUAUAUCUACCGGAUCGACAGAGUAUGCGUUACCUAAAAGUUUCCCCCAUUAGUGAAAUUACUUUUACUGUUUGCACAUCCCGAAGCAUCGAACGCCCAUUUAGAAAUUUAAGUGCGCCAUUAAGGGCGGAAGAGAACUGCGAAUCUACAGCAUUGGGAUCAUUUAGCUUUGAUCUUACUGAUGCGUGUGUUGGUUAUACCUUUGUGGCUUGUCCUCCUGUAUUUUUCUCAGUCCAGGCUCAAAGCUUUGGUGAAGUUUCAUGUAUAGUUGAGGCUUGUCAGACUCCAGAUGAAGCGCAGUAUAUCAUUAGUUUAAAUAAUCUUGGCUGUAACGGAGCUACCGUCGCAACCAUUAAUAUGGUCUUACCUUCUGUGGCUUGCCUACUUUUAUUUUUUCGCAUUUUAAGAAAAUGUAAUUUCUAAUGAAAAAUUUUAUGACGUUAUUCUAUAUAUAAAGUGUCGUUCUUUAGUUUUUUUUUAAGCAAAGAUAUAAUGCUUUAGUCAAGUGCACCGGUACACUGUUUACUGCUUUCGAAAUAAAUGUGAUUCUAUGCCACUAGAACAUCUUACAUGCCUAUGUAAUUAAUGAUAU